ACUUUUACUUAAGUAAAGUAUUCAUUAGGCUGUUGAAUGGCCCCUAUCAGAGUGUAAUAUUUUAUUAUCAUUACUAAGCAGCAUUUUAAUGUUGUAGCUGGUCGAGGUGGAGCUGAUUUGAACUGAUUUACUGUUGGGUUGCUUAAUCUAUAACACUGCAUCAUAGUUUAUGAGCUGAUCAUAUGCUUUGUAUGUAGAAUAUGAAUCCACUGAAUGGAAGUAUAAAAUACCUCAAAAUGGUACCUUUGUACCUUACUCGACUAAAUGUACUUAGUUACUUUCCACCACUGAUACUCACACUAUUUACUUUAUGCUGUGUAUUUGUAUCUUAUAAAUAUGUAAUAACUUUAUAUUUGACCUGAAAAUGUAGGCCAAAAGUUAGAAAAAUAGCAAAGUAAUAUAUCAAAGCCACAUAAAAACUAAUUAGAAUUGUAUUAAAGCACAAGAUAGGAAUUUUUUUUCUGUAUGGGUUCAUUACUUGACUGCACAUUUUUAUGCCUGCUUUUUAAUUUGAAGAAUCCUAAGGGAAGUGUUGCUCUCUUUUAUUGCUGGUGGUACAGUGCAGCUGUAGCAGCUGUGUGCCCUGCCCCGUUUAUUGCAUUAUCAGCUUCAACGUGAACAUCCCACAUGUCCAGUGUCACACACACCAGUGACUCAACAUGUGAGCCGCCUGGCUGAUGUUGUGAAGAUGAAGGACUCAUAACCAUACCGGCUGAUUUGGGGAUUUUUUUUUUAAAAAAAAAGCACUCACUGCUGAUAUGUAACAUAUGGAUUAUGGAUCGGUUAUGGAUAUGUUGCAAAAUCCUACUUUUUGGGAGUGUGUUUGUGAACUCAUCGUUGCAUGAUGGGGAUGAUGCUUCUUGCGAUGGAGCGUUUGAUAUUUAUUUUGUUUUAGACAAGUCAGGCAGUGUGUCAGGACACUGGGAUGAGAUCUAUGGAUUUGUGGAGCAGCUCACCAACAGGUUUGUUAGUCCCAGGAUGAGGGUUUCCUACAUCGUCUUUUCAUCCAGAGCAACUGUAAUCCUGCCACUAACUGGGGACAGGUCCAAAAUAGACGAGGGUUUGAAUAAGCUGAGCCAAAUCAGACCUGCUGGUGAAACGUUCAUGCACGAAGGCAUGAAAGCGGUGUCAGAGCAGAUGAUGGCACAAACUUCACCGUCAUCCAGCAUCAUCAUUGUUCUGACUGAUGGCAAGCUGGAUAUCUACCCUUAUGAACUGAGUGUACAGGAGGCUGACAAAGCCAGAGGGUUUGGAGCCAGAGUAUACUGUGUCGGGGUCAUGGACUUUGACCACAAACAGCUUGCUGAAAUAGCAGACGGCACAGAGCAAGUGUUCCCGGUGCUGUCCGGGUUUCACGCUCUCAAAGACAUCGUCAGCUCGAUCCUGAAACAGUCAUGCACAGAAAUGUUCACAAUAGAGCCGUCCAGUGUUUGUGUAAAUGAGUCUUUCAAUGUGGUACUGAGGGGAAGUGCCUUCAGCGGAUCGAAGAGGAUGGACAACGUCCUCUGCUUCCUCACUUUCAAUCAAAACACAUACAACCAGAAGCCGACUGUAGUUAGGGACGGCUAUCUGCUGUGUCCAGCCCCUGUUCUGCAAGAGGUCGGACAAUCAAUUGAAGUGCUGGUUAGCCUGAACAAUGGACAAUCCUACAUCUCCAGUCCCAUCACUAUCUAUGCCACAACAUGUUCAGAUGGGUUCUGGGUGCUCUGGUUGCUGUUGGCUCUCUUGCUGUUAUUGGCUCUGGGUUUACUCUGGUGGUUCUGGCCUCUCUGCUGCACUGUGGUGAUUAGAGACCCUCCACCCUCUCGCCCCCCUCCCCCACCUCCUGCAAUUGAACCAGAAGAGGAUCUCUCACCCAAACACAGGUGGCCUACAGUGGAUGCUUCAUACUAUGGAGGCAGAGGGCCUGGAGGAAUCAAACGCAUGGAGGUGCGUUGGGGUGGGAAGGGGUCCACAGAGGAAGGCUCGCGGCUAGAGAAAGCCAAAAAUGCUGUGGUCACCAUGCCAGACGAGGUGGAGGAGCCCAUCAUACCCCGACCCCCACCAAGACCUCCUCCAGUCUACAAUCCAUCACCUCAAGCCAAAUGGUACACUCCCAUCAAGGGACGUUUUGAUGCAUUGGUGGCAUUACUGAGGAGACAGUAUGACAGAGUGGCAAUCAUGAGGCCGACACAUCAAGACAAAGGCCGCUGCAUUAACUUCACCAGAGUUCAGAGUCACUGAGGAUCAACACCUGUCACUUCAUUCCUGUUUUUGGCCAAAGAUGACUGACAUGUACGCUGAGAUGCAUACAUGUUGGGAUUUCAGAGUGUUUUGUAAAUAAAUGUCAUUACAUGUA